UCAGUGUGACAAAUGUGAAGCAUGGCAACAUCAGAUUUGCGCACUCUAUAAUUCUAAGCAAGAUUUGGAAGGGAAAUCAUAUUACAUUUGUCCGUCUUGUCGUCUGUUUGAGUUGGAAGCAAAAGGGCAUACCUCCAUGCCUCCAGCUCUUGGGGCAAAUGACCUUCCGAGGACAAAGCUUAGUGAUCAUAUAGAGCAAAGACUUUUCAAGAACCUGGAAAAGGAGAGAAAACAAAGGGCGGAACUUUUAGGGAAGCCUCCUGAAGAA